UGUUGUCUGGGGACUGGGCGCUGACUGUAGUGAUGUCUGAAGAUCUGAGAGUUGGCUGUAGUUUUGUCUGGAGGACAGAUAACUAGCUGGCUGUAGUUAUGUCUGGAGGUGUAUGAGCUGACGGUAGCAGUGUCGGGGGGAUCAGGCUCUGUGUUCUUGCUCGGCUGGGAGGAGGGUUUGUGAUUGGACUGGUUGCUGCUGCUCUGUCGCCUGUGGGUUUGCUGCUGAGUCUGUGACUGGAGCUCGCUGCUGACUGACUGACUGACUGCACAGUGGCCGGAUACUCGUGUUCACUUUCUCAGCCAGGAGCAGAGGAGAGAACCUUUCACCGCAAGUUGGGACAUUAAAAAAAAGGAGGGGGAAAAUCAAGCGACAGAGAGAGAGAGAGAGAAAACACGGAGGAAUACGAAGAGAAGCAGCGAGUGAACUCUGUAUUGAGCAGGAAGGUUUGUUGUGGCGAUGAGUUGAAGAGCCCGGAGGUGAAGGACCUUAACCAAGAGAGGAGGGAAUGUGUUAAAGCGAGAAACGGUUCGGUAUGUUUAAAGGCAGAUUAAUUAUCUCCACUAACUUACAUCAGAAAAGUAUCUUCACUGCUUAAGAGGAAGAUUUUGCCAAGCCACUCAUCAACAGAGGUUGACUUUUCUUUCAAUGUUAUAGGGUGUCAAAAGAAAUUAGUCCAGGACAUGAGUUGAAGAUGUAGUUAUUCAAUACAUAAUUGCUGCAUACCCUUGAUUCACUACUACAAGAUACAUGACAGUAAAAUGCGUUCAGUGGCUGAUCAUACAGGAAAUAAAUUUGCAACCUUUACUUUUAGUAAAGACUUUCAAAAACUGCCUCGACUAUUUUAUGAAGGUGAGCAGCAGCCAAUGAAUUUACUUGCAACACUGGAGGUCAAAGGAGAGCGCAGGUUUGGAUGGAGUAGACAUAUUUUUGCUUGGAAAGCCAAACAUAGCACCCUGUUUUUGGGAGUAAUAAUAUUGUGCCUAGUUAUGGCAUCUUAUAUUUUAACUAGAGACCAACAGAAAUUAUUGCUGACUCCAUCCCCAUUCCAGUACAGUACAACCACAAAUAAUGAAGACUCUCCAGAAUUGGACUUUACAGAAAUUGAGGGUGAUGCUGAUGGGUUUUCCUUACCAUUUAGUUGGUUAGAAAGAAUCAACUAUGCAACACCAGCACUCAGCACUGAUUCCAAACUUCAGCUCAUGCCAAGGAGACUGCCAGAGCAGGAGGAUCUUGUAAAGCAAGAGGCACAUAUAUUCUCUGUCAUUCCAAGAAACUUUCUUCAAAGUGUGAAGAACUAUUGUUGGUAUACAAGAUAUACAGGGACUGCAUCCACGGACCCUUACAAGAAAAAUGCUUAUUUUAUACACACAAAACAUUUUCAGACUAUAUUUGAUUACUUGAAAAAGGUAAUUUGGAAACACUUGCAACGCCGUGGUGACGAACACUACCGCCUCCGUUGUCUUCCUUAUUUCUAUAUUAUAGGGCAGCCAAAGUGUGGGACUACAGAUCUGUAUAACAGGCUUAGAUUGCAUCCGGAAGUGAGUUUUUCCAUAGUCAAAGAACCUCACUGGUGGACAAGAAAAAGGUUUGGUAUUAUUCAACCCUGGAAUGGUUUCCAUGACCGAUACCAAAUUGAAGAUUAUCUGGAUCUGUUUGAUCUGGCAGCUCAUCAGAUUCAGAGUCAGAUAGCCAAUGCUUCUGCUGAACAACCAAUUAAAAGCAACAUGGUCAUUGGUGAGGCAAGUGCUUCCACAAUGUGGGAUAAUAAUGCUUGGCAGAAUUUCUAUCAUCGCACUGCUGAUGGUGAACCACCAUAUUUAAUUCAGGACUUCCUUCAUGCAGUUCUGCCAUCUGCUAAACUUAUUGUUAUGCUGAGGGACCCUGUUGAGAGGCUGUAUUCUGAUUAUUUGUACUUCAUAAGCGCAAACAAAUCUGUCGAGGACUUUCAUGAAAAAGUAAAAGAUUCACUGCAAAUAUUCAAUGGAUGUUUGAUGCACUCUUCUCUUAGAUCCUGUGUAUAUAACUGCACCGUGAACUCUGCCAUGCCUGUGAGAUUGCAAAUUGGGUUAUAUGCAGUCUUUCUGUGGGACUGGUUUACAGUUUACAAUCCAAACCAAUUCCUCAUUCUCCGGCUGGAAGAACAUGCUGCUGAUUUGAAAAAGAGUAUGCACAGGGUCUUCGAUUUCUUGAACUUGGGAAGUUUGACUGAUCAACAGGAGGCAGCCAUCAUUAACAAUCCUGCGUCAAAUACCAGGCGGCCUAAAGACAAAAGCCUUGGACCUAUGUUGUCAAAAACCAGGAAGCUUCUCAAGGAUUUCUAUGGGUCAUUCAAUGAAAAGCUGGCUUUGCUACUUAAUGAUGAUUCUUUCUUAUGGGAAAAAUAGAGACCAAAUUCAUAAAACUGUAAAAUAUCAAAUGUUUUGUAUAAUGCUUUCUUCGCUAUUGUGGAAUGUUCAACAAAGCAUUAAUGUUCAAGUUCAAAAGUUAUUUUUUUAAGUUUAUUUUUAAACUUUUAACUGAAGACUUGUCCAAAAUUCAUUAGAAGGCAUGUCUGAACUUUAAACAUAAUUAUAAAGAUGAACAUUAUCUGUAUGCCCUCAUGUAACUUUCCGUGGCUAUGUAGAUUCAUAAUACUUGUCACGGUGACAGUCAUAACAAAUCAAAAGUCCUGAGUUUAUGUAAACAACUUUUUUAAAAAAUGUAAUUCCUCAUGUGGUUUUAAAUACUUUGUAGGAUUUUCAAUUAUGCACAUGUAUUUGGUAAAAACAAAAUAUUUACAGAAUAUGUUUAAAUAUUGCUGUUAAACAUACUUAAGGGGUUUCAAUAAUAGUGCCUACUUUAGUCUUCCGGGAAUUCAAAUGCCAUAAUUAUGGUUUAGUAAUGGAUGUAAGAGCUACUAUUUUUAACUUAUUUUUAUUGCUUCCCUCUCUGUUGGUUUAUGUUGUGGAGUGAAAGAGGAAUGUCUCUAACAAUUGUGAUGAUUGAGUUCUAUAAAAUCCAUUAUCUUCAUUUCCCAUUUGUCAAGAAUAGUGACCGGCAUUUGUUCCUUGUUCUCAAACAAACAAUCAAGUUGCCUUAGUUUACUUGCUUCUCGACGAAACAAAGACUGAUGAAAGAUUAAUUCUUACAUCCAUGAAUUGAAUUGGGCAAAACGGUAUUUUCAGGAUCCAUGUGCACAGCAAACCUACUUUUAUAUGUAACACUCAGUCACUGUUAUAAACAGAAGUUUGCACUGCAUAUUAUGCAAUGAAUCUAUGCUUGGUUUUAUUGGGAAUUGCUUUUCAGUCCACACUCAUACUAUUUGCAUUUGUCAUCAACUAAUUUAGGAAAGUUUAUGUCACAGUGCCCCCUAUUGUCAAGUGGUUUAUAAGCUGAAGAACAGUUUAACUGAACAAAUGUAAGUUCAAAUGCAUCUUUGUGGUAGUAGACAGAAAUUUAUUCUGAAAUGUUAAAACUUCAGCACAACAAAGGCUUUCAAAGUUUAUCUUGUAAAUUGCAUCAGGAAGAAUAUGAUUAUAACUCAUUGAAACUCCUUGGGCACAUUUAGCAAUAAAGACCAUUAAUUUGUCAAUACUGAAAGGACUUUAUACAUUUGAGAAUACUAAUAUUUUUCUGAAUUAUUUUUUACAUUUGGCAGGGUGAAUUUGGUAUCUUGACCUGUGCCAUCCAGCCAAUUAAUUCAACAUAAGAUGUUAUCAAGUGGUUUAUAAAGUCAAUUUACACUAUAGCUCAGCAAUGGCUCAAAACCUGCAGGGCCAUAGGCCUUUUUUCACUUUUUUUGGUGUUUUGUUUUGAUAAAAACAAAAAUGCGUGUGGAGGAAUUGAACCUUUCCAAAAACAAGUCAAACAUCAACUUCCAGUGGUUAUGGAUUGUACUUCAGUGGAUUCCACAGACAAAUUCUUCCUAGACUUCUGGAUAUUUGAAAGAAAAUUCCUAAAAGGUAUAUUGUCGCUUCAAUCACUCACCUACCGUUAUGAUGAUGGAAUAAUAAAUUGGAAAAUAAUGAA